AUGGGCCCCUUCAUCAGCAGGGCAUUCGCCUUGCUUGCCGCUCUUUCAACUGUCGCCCUCGCACAGGAUGACACCAAGGAUGAUGGCUAUUUCGGAUACACUCUCGAACGCCGCGGUGACAAUGAGUCCGCCGUAUACGAGACAGAAAGCACCAGCACCGGCAUCGAUACGCUCAACCCCAUUCCAGAUGUGUAUCUCAACGCCUCUGUAUCAGUCGGCGAGAUCAGCAUCGAGGUGAAGAACAUCACGGCCAAGGUGAACCUCGACGCAAAGGUCCUCAACCUGCUGCACUUCCAGGCUGGCGUCGACGCGAGCAUCGAUCGUGUCAAGCUGGGCAUCUACAACGUGUCUGCCAAGGUCGAGCUCGAGGCCCGCCUGGAGAAUGUCGUAAAGAUGGUCGACGACGUCCUCACGAGCAUCGAUCUCAACCCCAUCAUCGCCACGCUGGGCGACACGGUCGGUGACAUCGUCAACAAGACUACCGACGUCAUCACGAGCCCCGUCGAAACGGACGCGAGCUCGGUCGCAAAGCGCGACCUGACCUACCGCAUCGAGAACAACAUCUUGUACUCAGUCAACGACUUCUCCGGUCGCACACACACAAAUCGCGUGCUCGCGCAGAACGGUUCGCUGUUCGACGUGUACCUGAACAACAACGGCGACGAGACGGGACGCCGCGUUGUCGGAUAUUACAGCCGCGACAUGACCUUCAGCGGCCACAACAAGACCAUCUCGAUUGACGGGCAGGUCAAGGAGUUUGAGAUGCAAUACGUAUAUGCGCCAUACCCCGGCUUGGAGGCGUUCAGCAACAUCUACAUGGACACGACUGGCAAGGUUGUAAGGACGAAGAUCGUGGCUGAGGCAGAGGGAGGAGGCACUGCGACGAUUAGCAAUGAGGAUCAGUGA